AUGUCUGAUGAAAACUUCUGUGAAGAUCCUGACAUCAUCAAUGAAAUUAAGAACUGCGACAAGUUUACCCAAGCAGAGAACGCAGCCAAGGAAAAGAAGGACCUGGAUCUCCUGGAGAAUGUGACCCUUAGCAUCGCUGUGGCAGGGGAGAGCGGGGUGGGAAAAUCCACCUUCGUUAAUGCCUUUCUUGGACUCAGAGAUGGGGACGAGGGAGCAGCAGAAACCGGAGUGACCAAGACCACCAUGAAGGCCAUCAGUUACAGCCACCCUACCAUGCCUAACGUGUACAUCUGGGACCUCAAACUUUAA